AUGGACUUGAAAUAUAGUGGAAUCUAUAGAAUGAUUCUCUUGGGUGUCUUCUACCUUCCUCGUAGCCAUCAUGAUUUUGGUGUUUUCCAAAGAACAAUUGAAUUAUUAACUCAAUUCAAAGUGAUUGUUAAUCAAACAUCUGAAAUAUGCAUCCAGAGCUUAAGAGGGCUGCAAGAUACAAGAUGUACAAAACAUGAUGGUUCCACUGUUCUUUCCGAAAUUGUGAAAAAUAAUGAAUCUUCUUCUAAAUCACCACCUCAUGAAAGGAUGACAAGAUCUUCAUAUCAUUCUCCAAUCAAAAUUCCGCUCUUUUAA